AUGAGUGUCUCAUCCCGUGCGCUGCUAGCUCUAGUAGCCCUUUCUUCCAUGUCGCUCGCUAAGGAAGUCGGUUAUUUCGACUCAUCCUCCUGCGCCGAUCCCAAGGGCUUCGCAAGCUGCUACGAGAAUGUAGACACCACGUACGCGAACUGCGUAAACAACAAUUGCGCCGGGGGAGGCGAAUUAUGCUACAGCUCAUGCGGUGGAAGCACAUCCUGCAUGAACGAGCAAUGUCCUGGCUUGGGAAUCGACUGCACCAAAGCUUGUGAAUGCGAAAGGUCCGCUCUUCAGAUCGAUUGCGCAGGGCAGAGUUGUUGGAACCGGGUCUACUCUUGCGAGUACCAAGCUACAGUCCUGGACUACCUCAGCUUCUGUAGUAGCCCCGACCGGGAUGGAUUACCGUACUGGCCGACGCCAGAUGAUGCCCCCGAUUCCUGUUCCUGCAACACCGGUCAAAUUGAACAAAAAGAAUACUUGAUUGUCAAUCAGAUGGAUGUGUGCUCAAACAACCAGACAAAUAUCGGUCGAAUAAUGACUGACGUUGACGCGAUAACUGAGUACGGUCAGGCAUGUGUCUGCUGUGCAUUCAGUGCUAUUAUCUCCGCUAUCUGGGGCACGUGCCCUGACACUCAGCCCUCCCUACUGGCCGCAGAUGAAUGGUUUGCCGGCCUUCUCAAUCCCGGCCACUGGGAAGACUGUGGACCCUUCCUCGAGAAGUAUGAUUGUGGCGGCGAUCUGGGAUUUGGUCGUAUUGACGCUGGUGGGAUCACCAAAUUCUACACUCCCGGCAGCCUGCCAACCAAUGGCACGAAAUCCUUGUAUAAUGUGGACGGCGUCAUCUCUAACCCCGUCAGUGGCGAUGUUUUGACAUGGACCUUUAGGUCAACGUUGGUGCACGCUGUCACUGUACCUUCGGCAGACGCUACUGUCACCGGUACAAAAGCCACCGGAGGCAGUGAUGUUACUGCAGCGACUGCUGCAGCGAGUACUGCGACUGGCAAGGCAGAGAGUGACGUAAAGCCUGGGAUGGGGUCUUCUUUGAUAGUUCCCUCCUGGACUAUCGCUGGCAUUGUUGGUAUCUUGGUUCUAUUGACUUUGUGA